GCCGAAAAAUCUUUCCGCUUCGUAGUCUGACAAAGUGCCGGGCUUAGGAUUUUGUGUUCGGGUUUCAAUUUGAGUUCAUGGAUAUUGUUAAAAUAAAUGCUGAAAGUGUUAACAACUUGUUCAUUUCGAAACAUUCGACGUUGCUACUCCAAACAAAAUUUUGAUGCAUUUGAAAUGAAAUAUUUAAAUGUUGCAGAGAAAAAUGAUGCUGCAAAAACAAUUGCAGGACAAUUGUCAAAUGGAACAGCGCGAAGACGCGAAGGAUACUCUGUCUACAACAAAAUAUACGAAUUCGAAGCUACCGUUAAAGGGACAAAGUGUAAAAUGGUGAUGACAUCCGUAUCGGGCCAUCUUUUGCAAUUGGAGUUUCUAAAUUCAUAUCGUAACUGGCAAAAUGUGGACCCAGAAAGUCUAUUUGAUGCUCCUAUUCGCAAAGGUUGCAAUGAACAAUAUCAACCUAUAAAAAGGACGAUAGAAAGAGAGGUUCGAAGUUGUCAAGGGCUUAUUAUAUGGACAGAUUGUGAUCGCGAGGGUGAAAAUAUUGGUUUUGAAAUAAUCGACGUGUGCCGCGCUAUUAAGCCUAAUAUUGUUGUAUAUCGCGCAAUAUUUUCUGAAAUCACAGGGACUGCGGUGAAAAGAGCAUUACAAAAUCUAACUGCUCCAGACAAAAGGCAAAGCGAUGCAGUAGACGUUCGCACUGAAUUAGAUUUGAGAACUGGAGCCGCAAUUACACGAUUUCAGACAAUGCGAUUACAGAGAAUUUUUCCUGAAAAAAUAUCCGAUAAAUUAAUAUCAUACGGAAGCUGUCAAAUACCAACUUUAGGAUUCGUUGCUGAGCGAUACAAAGAAAUUGAGGCAUUUGUGUCGGAACCCUUUUGGAAGAUAAAAGUAACCCAUACUAUAAAUGAUUUAACUGUGGAAUUUAUUUGGGCUCGUAAUCGCCUUUUUGACAAGCAGGAUUGUGAAGAUUAUUACUUACUUUGUGUAUCUAAUCCUAAAGCUACUGUGGAAAGGGUUACAGUUAAACCGAAAAAUAAGUGGAGACCAACACCAAUGGAUACGGUUGAAUUAGAAAAAUUGGGGUCAAGAAAAUUGAAACUUUCUGCCAAAGAAGUAAUGACAAUUGCAGAGAAACUCUAUACAAAAGGUAUUAUCAGUUAUCCUCGCACUGAAACUAAUAUGUUUUCUAAAGAGAUUGAUCUACGCUCAAUUGUGCAACAACAAACGCAACAUGGAGUGUGGGGCUCGUUUGCAGAACGUGUCAUGGAAUGGGGACCAAACCCCAGAAAUGGUACGAAAUCUGAUCAGGCUCAUCCACCGAUCCAUCCCACAAAAAUGGUCAAUGAUUUAAGUGGAAAUGAAGGUAAAGUCUAUGAAUUGAUAUGUCGCCAUUUUUUGGCGUGUGUUAGUAAAGAUGCUGUCGGCUCCGAAACUAUUGUUUACAUAUCAAUAGAGGGUGAGAAGUUUUCAGCCAACGGUUUGGUAAUAUUUGUGCGAAACUACCUUGACGUAUACAUAUACGAUAAAUGGAAUGCCAAACAAAUACAUAAAUACGAAGAAGGCCAAGUCUUCGAGCCAACCGAAAUAACAAUGCCUGAAGGGCACACCACAGCACCACCUCUUUUAACUGAAGCAGACCUAAUUGCUUUAAUGGAAAAACAUGGAAUUGGCACAGACGCAACACACGCAGAACAUAUUAAUACCAUCAAAGAAAGGGGAUAUAUUGGGGUUGUGGACAAUGGAUCCCUGGUGCCUGGAGUCAUAGGAAUGGGCUUAUAUGAGGGUUAUGAUGCUAUGGAAUUGGCACUUGCGAAACCAAUGUUGAGAGCUGAAUUUGAAAUGGAUUUAAAAAAGAUCUGCUUGGGCGAAAAAGAUCCAAAAACAGUUCUCAGAGAACAAAUUACAAAGUAUAAACAAGCUUACAAACAAAUAACGGAUAAAAUUAAAGCAAUGGAUGAAAAAAUGGCGCAACGAAUCGAUGAAACGCCAAAAGAGCGAAACAGUAGCAUCCAGGGAUCGGAAAAUGGAGUAGAUCCCAGUUACAAACCAAUACAGGAAAUAUUUAAAUGUCCUAAGUGUUCAAUUGCGCCCAUGGCAUUGAAACAGAAGAAUAAUAAACCUGGUCAUUUUAUUGGCUGUCUCAAUUAUCCCAACUGUAAAAAUUGUAUCUGGUGGCCAGAUGAAUGCAAGGAUCCUUCAGUUUUGGAUGAACACUGCCCAAAAUGUGGAUCCGAGUAUAAACUAAUAAAAAUGCGAUUCACUCUACCCUAUCACAGAACAUUGUUCAAUAGUCCAAGUGGUUGGUAUGAAACUUGUUUGCUUUGUGAUGUGCAAUUCCGCAAUACAUUUAAUAUAAAUACGGACUGUGUUAAACGCACAGGCCCAAUAGUCGGUGACACACCAAUAAAUUACGGCGCAGUCAACUCACUGCCUUCUACGAAUGCAAGGAAACCUAAAAAAGCUUCUAAAACUAUUGCCAAAGAUGAAUCAGCCACUAUCUCCAACACUAAAAAAACAAAUGCAACGACAACAAAAAGAACAAAUAAUAAAAAAACCAAAGUCCCCUCCGUCAGAUCAUAUUUUACAUCUGCUGAAUUGUCAACUUCUCCGAAUCCAGCCGCAAGUAAAGAUUAUGAUGGAUUUUUCGAUAACAACGAUGAAUUUGAAGAAUUUAUACUAAGAGCGGAAGCAAAUACACAACAAUUACCCGCCACAGAUAAUUUAAAUUCCAAUUAUACAGCUAUGGCUGAAUUUCCUCCACUAGAAUCCGGUCUUUCCCAUAAUGUAGCGGAUGUGUUGAAUGACGACGAUGACGAUUUGUUUGCCAGUAUCCCUAUGGACUAUACAACAAUAUCUAAACAAAACACGGCUAGCCGAGAAAUAAAUGCAACUGACUCCGUUCAAUCGGAAAACUGGUUAGAUGACAGCUUUUCAGCUGUAUUUAACAAUGAUAAUGAUUUCGGUAACGAUUACGUUUGGGGUAGUGCAGCAAAAAAUGCAAAAAUUUCUGAAAACUCUAAUUUAUCGAGACCAAUUGUAAAGAGACAAAAAUUACAGAAUGAAGAGUCAGACGAUUGGGGUUCAGGCGCGAGGUCUACAUUUCCUGCAGCGGAUGACAAUGUUGUUAAAUGUAGUGGUUGUCAUUUAGAUGCAAAAGAGUUAUGUGUUAAAAAAGACGGCCCCAAUAAGGGACGUAUGUUUUACGUAUGCCCGAAAACUAAUCCCUGUAAAUUUUUCCAAUGGUCUGAUGAUAUUAAUGUAAAUCGUAACGAUUUGGUGACAACCUCUUCUGAUUGGGGAUAUGGCGUGGAAAAUGAUGGAUCCUGGAAGUCUAAUGAACAGGCAACCGUAAAUUGUAAUUGUAAUCAACCAGCCAAAAACUUGACUGUUCGCAAGGAUGGCCCCAACAAAGGUCGAAGUUUUUAUGCUUGUUCGAACCGCGACAGCUCAUGUGGAUUCUUUCAGUGGAUUGAUGAAAACGCCGAUCAAGAAGACUUUUCGUGGGGUAGUGGAUCCUCGACGUCGUCAAAAAGGAAAUCAACUAAAACGGAUGUGGGAACAACAAAAGGCCGUAAAUGUGGUCUAUGCCGACAGGAAGGACAUAGUCGACCUAAAUGUCCGCGCAAAUCUGAAUUUUAAAUUUAGUUGUCAUGAAAUCAAUAUUAAAGGUUGCUUAACAUAUUUGUUUAUGUUUCAAAAUGUAUAUAAUGAAGUACAAUAUACAAAAUCUUGCUGGUUUUCUGGCAGGUCAAUAGCUUUUUUA